CUAAAAUGUCGGACGUAAUGACUUUUCAUUGCGACGAGUACACCACAGUUUGCGCUAGUCAGCAGAUUUAAAUACAAAUUCUAUUCGGUUUAUUUCCUGUUUUGUGCAAUUUUCUGCAAUAAUCGGGUGCAGCGCGAGUAACACGAGUGAAUAUCGUUGAAGAAACAGGUGGUGGGAGUGAUUAGAAGUCAUAAAUUAGAAAAGUUCGAACGGUACACUAGCUUCGAUGGUGGGCCCCAAUCUACGCGACGAGGAAGGAAAGUGAAAAAUCUCAUUGUGCUUGGUGCUCCACAAAGGGGCUGUUGUGUGUUUAGAAGCAGCUGUGACUUGGUGGGGGAACUACAUAGAUACUUCUGUUUGGGUGAGUGGUUAAGAAGUUGAACUGGUGAUAAAUAUUUUUCCGAAGAGUGACUUGGCGAUUGUUGAGUAUAGGGUUAGGAAGUGCUGAAACAUUUUCUCAAACCACGAAGUGAGAGGUUAGCUUGAAAAAGCAUAGCAAAAGGUUAAGAAACAAUGGAUGACGAAAGUAGCGACAGCUUGGAGUUGAGCCGGAGUAAGCGGAAUGAGCGAAUUGAGAAACUGGGAUUCCGUCCGCAAAAGGAACUUUUCUGUAACAAGUUUCUGCCGUAUGCGGACAGACUGGAUGAUGAAUCUCAGGCCAUGCUGGAAAACAUCAAGAACAAUCUCGGCAAGGCGGCCGCUAUGCGAGAGAUCACACCCGGGGUAUCGAUCUACGUUGCGCGACUGAUGAAGUACAUCAAAUUGUAUGGGAUGAAAUUUUCCAAGGAGGAUCACAUCAAAUUCGUGAAGCUGCUCCUGGAGCUUAUCAGCAUUCCGAACUUGGAACCGGACAAGGUCAAUAAAUUUUGUUAUGCAAUUACCAGUCUAUUGAGGAAACCGGAGUGGCUGAGCCCUGAUGACAUCCAAAUUGAUUGGCGACCGCUCUAUAAACUGUGCAACUUGAUUUCCAAUAAAAAUUGCAGCAAGGGUGAUUUAUAUCGUUAUUUUGCAUCAUUGGAAACAAAUCUACAGUUUGUAGUCCAGUACUGCGCCCCGUAUUUCCCCCGGUCCGCAACGCAGGAAAUUCUCGAUGAGCUGCUACCCAAAUUGCAGCCCCUGGAUACGGGCAAAAGUUUCGACACGUUCGGAAUGUUACACAUUUUUCUGAGCUGCGAGCACGACUACGACUUGUGGUUCGACAAAUUUAUGGUAAUAUGGGACGCGUACCACAACCCACCGUGGAGCAUGGACAUGAUGACCAUCUUUGCAACUGUUGGGUUCAAGAACAUUGGCUACAUCGACUGGGAACCCUAUAUUCCAACUAUGUUUGCCCGGAUUCUGCGAUCGAUCGAUUUCCCCGUCAGCUACAAGAGUACGAAAAGCUCCAAAUUGCAAGGUUUGGCACCACAGACGGUGGCCACCUGGAUUGUAGCGGCACUGGGUCCGAAAAGUUCCGCUCAGCAGUAUUUGAGCAAAUUCAUGGCUACGAUCGAAUCCUAUCUGCAUCCGGCCAAUAUGGGCAAGUGGGUCUCGAUGCUGGGCGAGAUACUGAUCCUGCUGCCUAAAUACUUUUUCGAUCGUUUAGUUUUGGAAAGGUAUCGAAAGCACCCCUACAGAAAGCCUAUUCCGGAAAGCCACAAACUGACCGAGGAAUGUAUUACGGCAUUUGUGGAGUGCAUGAAACCAGUAGCAUUUCAAGCGAUGUAUUCUCGCAUCAAUCCUCAGGACGUGGGCAAGGUUUUCCAACACUUGGCCGAUUUACGACCGGAACUGAUAAUUCCUUCUAUCAUCGACCGGGUUUAUGCUAGUUUAGAUUCACUGACAGAACCGCAUAAAAUGACUGCCGCACUGCAAAGUCUGAUUAGUGUAUCGAGGGCUCUCGUUUCCGCACAUAAUGGCUACACCGAAGGGCGAAAUCAUGUGAUACCUAUUUUCUUCGCGACCCUUCCGGGAAUUGAUCCGAAUGAUUUUAAAAAGACAUCCAUAACAUUCCAUUUUUUGACCUCUAUUUCGUUCCUGAUACCGAUCACGGACUGCUCGAAGGCGGGACUUUACCAUGAGCUUACAGACAAUGAGCGUCUGCUGUGCGAACAGACAGCUGAUUUCGAGGAUUUUGUGUUGCAGUACAUGGAUAGGAUUUUCUUACUCAUCGAAAGCAGCUCGGUGGAUAAUAUUCGCAUGGAGCAAUCCGAUGCGGAUAAUAUGCGAUCCAAGAUGGAAUCGAUUUCGGAAGCACUGGUUCAGGCAUGUACGCACGGUAUCUUAGGGCAGUGCUCCAGAGAGAUCCUGAACUCGGCAUCAAAGAAAUUGAACGACUUUGUCAAAACGCGCUUGCUCGAACCAAAAGUAGCAGGACAGCUGGUUGGAUGUUUAGUGCGUGUAUUUUCCAGGAUCCACGGUAAGGAAGUGAUUCGGUCAUUGAUGCCUUAUGUGCUGCAAACAAUAGAGCGAUACAUAGAAGACCAUGAAGACAUAGCCGAAGCGGAGAAAAUGAGCGAUGAAAUGCUUUACUACUUACUGCUGUUUACAAAUCUGAUGCGAGGGGAUCCUGGCGAGAUCGUCAAAUACGUGGAUGAUGCUUUGCCGAUUCUGGAUCAAAUACUUAAAUUCAAGUGCAAGCAAGCGAAUCGGUACGGAUCUCAACUGAUAGCGAAUUUGAUGAGCAAUUUAUCUACAAUGCAGACAUUGGAUGUGAAAAAUAGUCCUGAGAGCUUCGAAAAGCCUCUAUCGGAAUUUCUACCCAUUAGAAGCUGGGGCGAAAAGAUGGCAUGCGAUGGGAAGAUCGAUUGGUGCUUCCCGGGGGAAGUAUCGCUCAAAGUGUGUGAGAAGUUAAUUCAUCGUUAUUUAGUUCCGAUUUUGCACAACUUUGAAAAACAUUGCAACGAGGAAACGGAAUUGAGCCGCGACGAUAUCAACAGGGAUGUGACAAUAAUACAAUCGCUGAUAAGGUGUUCAAACUUCCUUCCGAACUGGGAUGAUGAGGAUCCUUUGAUAUUGCUGGAAACAUGUAUUGAUCGAUUGGAGAUGAAGUAUCAUGUAACGAGGGGCUUCGAUGAUCUGAUCAUCAAAAUGCCGGACGGAGGAAAUGUUCGAAAGGCUAUUAUAAAGUCUCUUAGUGUGUUGCAACGUCAUAUCCUUCUCAAAUCGGAAGACGAUAUAAAAUCGCUUAAAUCCAUUCUCUUGGUGUACGAAAAGAUUUAUAUUCGAAAGCAUGCCAACAGCCCGUUUGAUAACCAAGUGAAAAACUUCAACAACACCAAAAAGUUUCAAACAUACAAGCUCACCCGGUACAAACGGGACGUUCGAGCAGUGGUCGCAACUAGGGUCAUUAUGCAACAGGACUGUCGCGAUGAGGUAGAUCAACCGUUGUUCUCCGCUACCCAUUUGGAGGUGAUGAUGAACCUGCUGGAACUGUCCACGUCGCACUACAGCAGUGUGCGUGCCUCGGCUCAAAGUAAACUCUUCUCAAUGCUGACCACGUUCUCGUUCAGUUACCGAUUUCUGGCGGACAAAAUCGUGGAACAUCUGCAGAUGGAUUCCAAUGAAAAGCAUGAGCAGUUCAAAGGCAUACUCUUCAUUUUGGUAUCGAACAGGCGGUCCCGUCUUGUAAUCAAGCACGACUGGGAGUUCCUGCAUCGAAUAUGGAUAGCGUUGCUGCGGUCUAAGCUGUCCGAGAAACCAUCGGUCGUGAAGCUGUUGGAUGCGGUUACGGAUGUGAUCAACAAUGAAUUCCCGACAACGACAACAGAAUUGAUCGUUCCGGAUGCGUGCGUCGAAUGUGGUUUAGCUUUACGAACUAGAAAUGACACGCUAGACUUGGAGGCAGGUCGACAGGCCAGAUUAGCUAAAAAUCAGCGAAAUCUCGAUAUUUACUAUGGACUUAUUGCUCAAAUUCUUGCCGCCGUCGAAAACGACAAACUGCAUUGGAGGUAUCACUAUAUGGCAACAACGAUGUUGUACAACCUCGUACAUCCGUUGUCCUCAUAUCCCGCUUCAGUGGCACAGUUUGCAGUGAAUAACUUAAUCCACGACUCAUUGGACGAGCGUAAAAUGGCAAUUUGCUUGCUGAAUCACAUAUUGCGCCAACAGAAACGAGAACAUGUGAAAGUCGCUGUGAAUCCGUAUGAAAUAGCUGGAAUUCCGGAAAAGGCUCCCGCGCAUGGAUCCAGUGUGCAGCCUGGCUAUCGAGAAGAUAACCUCUGGUUACAGUAUGAUGUUACAAAAGUGCCGAAAAACCAACAAGAUUGGGACCAGCCGCGCUAUACGUACAAAACUGAUGGAUAUUUUGGCUGGAGUAGCAAUUUUUCCGUUUAUGCCCCCAGCGCGGACCAGCCAAUACUAGACCGGUCCCCCGAACAAAUGAAUGAUUGCGAAAUAAAAGUUUAUCAAUUCUUCAAUCAACAGGAUAACGUAGAUAAACUUAUUAAAUUUUGGUCUUUGGAAGAGAAAAAAGGACGGGACAAAUUCAACCGGAACCGUUUCUGUCUGGUUAAGGCGAUAAUGAAUGCGUUCGGCGAUCUUUUCCUGGACAAAUUUGUCAAACAUUUGCGUCCGCUGAUUGAGGAUAAGGCAUCGGAAAGUAGCCAUAGGUGUGCUGCCGAAAUAAUGGCUGGUAUUAUGAGAGGGGCCAAACACUGGCCUUACGAUAAAACUGCCAAAAUGUACAACGACUUAGUCCCAUUGAUUCGGCUUGCGUUGAACAACGUUACUGUAGAUACAGACGUGUAUUGGGGAACGUGUUUUGCAACGGCGGCUGAAUACAUGGAUCCUUCCAAGCAAUAUUGGCUGCACGAGGCCCUUCUUGAAGACCCCCUCCAGGAAACGACCAGUUUCAUUGAUUGUAAUCGAUUGUACUGCUUGCAAGGUGCAUUCAACCAACAUGUCUGGCGCAUGACGAGCGUGGCGAAGCGCUUGCUCGAAUAUCUUCGGCCAUACCUGAACCACUCGUUCCAGAAUGUUCGUGAACGCUUGGGCAGCACGUUGAUCAACAUAUUCGAGGCGGAUCUACGCUUCGCGGGAUCCAAUGGUUUAGAACUCUCCCCUAAGAUAAGUGAUAUGAUCAAAUAUGUUAGCCCAAAGUUGGCUGUUUUGUUGGAACAAGACUGUCCCACUAUUACCACGGACGAUAAGAUGGACGUAGCUGGUAAUUCCAGUGGAACUACUAAAAAGGAAGAAAGCGAAUAUGAAGUCGCUGUACGAUUGUUUAAAACGGUGGCUCAAUGGCUAACGUGCGCUAUCAACCGUUGCUCAAAUGGCAAUGAAAUAGAGUACUUCGAUUUACUUCCAAUCGCCUGCCGAUUGGAACGCUCUGAGCAGGAUCAAGAGCUGGCGGAGAUUUGCAGUACCCUGCUGGCCAUGAUCUCACAGGCACUCACCUUGGUGCCGUGCAUGGAUGCCGCCCUCACCAAGAUAGACGAAAUAUCCAAAAUGUCUUCAUGGUCGGCUCGACGUUCAGUUAUCGACGUGUUGCAAGUGUUGGUGUUCUAUAAUAUGACAAUAAUUUUGAGCAAUGACCAGUGGAAAACGAAAACACAGGAAAUCGUUCUUCGCUUGCUGGAAGACAACGUGGUUGAAGUUCGAGAGAAGGCAGCUGAGGUGCUCUGUGGGCUUCUCCACUGCUCUUUCCUGACCGCUACCGACGAGCUGUUGGAAUUAUUUAAGGAAAAAUGUCGCACAAAGAUGAUCAGAGCCAAGCGACUGAAGGUGACUGCCAGCUGCUCCAGUGAGAUUGCCAAGAGCGAAGGAGAAGCGAAUGCCGUUCGUGCUCGCCAUUCCGGCGUUCUUGGGUUAUGUGCCUUUAUCUCUGCGUAUCCGUAUGAAGUGCCUGAGUUCGUCCCAAAUGUGUUCGAACAUUUAGGAGCACAUUUGAACGAUCCACAACCAAUUCCGGCAACGAUUAGGAAGACUAUGGGUGACUUCAAGCGAACCCAUCACGACAACUGGGAGGUUCAUCAGCUGAAGUUUACCGAAGAUCAGUUGGCCGUACUGAGUGACUUAACGAUUCCACCCUCUUAUUAUGCUUAAACAGUUAGUGACAUGGUCCCAUUUGUGAGCAGGUGCAGGAUGGUCGGAAUGAUGUAAUACGAAAAUGUAUUAUUUUAUCAAGUGUGGUUUUGGCGUUACGAUCACUGCAUGAAGUGAACGAUUUAUUCAAUUAUAGGUGAUACAAAUCUAUAGCAAAUGUAAAUAAAGUUAUUUUAAAACAGAAGCAAAGCUCUAGGGAUUACGUGAGAAUUUUUUAACUGUUCUAAAAUGUAUUGGAGGUUUUAAUAUUUACAGCAUUAUUUAAUAUGGAAAGAGAUGUAAUUACAAUUUUAUUUUAUAUGUUUGUGUUCUGGCAGUUACAUAUAAGUAUUUGGUUUGCUGAGUUUUCUCGAAACGCUUUAUCAUGUUAUAAUAAAAUUUUGCCAAUAA